CUUCAUAACGGAAAGGAAGAGAACACUUCGCUCUAAGGAAUUGAUUAUCGAUAUUCGUCAACUAAUAUUUAAUCGACGUGGAUUUUGUACAUUUCUGUGUGUUUUGGGUUUUAUACACUAUAUACUGGGACUCAAGAACACCAUGGAAUAACAGCAAAGAGGCACGUUUCCAUUCUUAAGCCGUCCACAUGUCAGUCAGGAGCGUGUAACUAUGGCAACAUCUUCCAGUAUCCGUGGCUGCAGUGAUUUAGCUGUAGAUCCUAUGAUUUCGUGUAAAUUGUGUCUGUUAGAACAACCACUCCAUAAUAUGCAUCAGAUGCAACAGUGCAGCUGCAUUUAUUGUUUGCCGUGUUUAAAAAGAUAUCUAACGAUUCUAAUAACAGAAGGCUGCGUGUCAAUCAUAACGUGCCCUGAUGCUUCGUGCAAAGAACGAGGCAAAUUACACAGUAAUGAGAUUAAAAAAUUGGUUGCUAAGGAUACAUAUGAUAAAUAUCUCAAAUACAAGUUCUCAUUAGAGGUAGAUCGUGAUCCCAACAGGACAUGGUGCCCUGCAGCUGGCUGUGAGACGGUGUGUCAUGUUUGUACAGGGGAGUUUUCUAAGCCAAAGCAUGUACACUGUCCAACAUGCGGCUCAAGUUUCUGUUCUCCUGUGCAAGGCAACAUGGCAUGCAGAUCUGACGAUGAUUUUUUAUUGCGGCAUUAUGACAAAGGACCAUGUAGAGAUAAAUUAGGGCAUUCCAGAGCCUCAGUUAUAUGGCAUCGAACUCAGGUUGUUGGUAUAUUUGCUGGCUUUGGUGUCUUAUUAUUAGUGGCGUCACCGUUCUUACUUUUAGCGGCUCCUUGCAUACUGUGCUGUAAAUGUAAAGUUUGCCGUUGUUGGGAAGACGACGACGAUGGUAUAUCUGGCCUUCCGUCCUGACGACCAUAUAUGGAUACGCUGUUGUCAUGCUGAUGGUAUAUUGCUCAACUGUUGUCAUGACGAAAUGUGGCUUGAUUAUUGUCACAAGAACAAUAUACAUGUAUGAUGUAGGGUUGCCAUGACAAUGUAUGAUUGGGAUACUGUCAAAAUAACAGUAUCUACAGCUGCACUUGUUGUCAUGGUGACUGGUCAACCCUUCAUAAUCAUUAUAUUUUAAAUUAUUGCCUAAAUUAAGC